CCCAAACCGCCCGUCGUUUGUUUUCUCACAAUCGCAAAGCCAAACACCAAGAUCUACACAGCCAUGGACAUCGUCUCAUCUUUGGAGUGCCUGAAAUUCGAUUCCCAAUCGGAGUUCCUCUAUAAGGACAGCGGCAGAAAGGACCUUGUCUCUCCAGCUAUGGUCCCCAUCAACUGCGAAACGUCAGUAAUCAGAUUCAAGGCUGAUGAAUCAGAGCCUGAAGAAUAUGAGGAUGAAGAAUUUCUGUCUGAUGAAUCAGAGGCUAAAGAACUUAUUGGGAGCAAUUCUCUUGAAUCAGAAGCUGAUGAAUCGGAGAGUGAUGAAUUGGAGCCUAGAAAACUUAUUGGUCAUGAAUGUGAGUAUUGUUUACAAGUGGGUGAUCACUUUACCCAACUAUGCCCUUACAAGUUUAAUGUCCCAAAGAACGCAAUUGUUAGCACUAGGUGUGUGGUUCUUUGUAAUCGUUGUGGUUGCCACUUUAGAAACUCAUGUUGUGCCAGUUGUGGCCGAAGAGAUGGAUGUGCAGUUAUCAUGGAUUGUUUAAAUUGUGGGAAGAAAGGUGAACACAUGACUUAUAUGUGUCCGAACCGCAAGCGGAAUUCUUUUCGCUCACACACAGUCGUGGACGACGGCGUUGUGUCUCCACUUUUGCAAAUCCACCGGCCAAAGACAAUCAGGAGCAAGGCUGAUGAAUCGGAGGCUGAUGAAUCGGAGACUGAUGAAUCAGAGACGGAUGAAUCAGAGGCUGAUGAAUCGGAGACUGAAAAACUUAUUGGUCAUGAAUGUGAGUAUUGUUUAAAGGUGGGUGAUCACUUUACGCAAAUAUGCCCUUACAAGUAUCUAGUCCCAAAGAACGCAAUUGUUAGCAGUAGGUGUGUUGUGCUUUGUAAAUUUUGUGGUUGCCACUUUAGAGACUCAUGUUGUGGUAGUUGUGGCCUAAGCUAUGGAUAUGCAGUUAUCGUGUAUUGUUUACGUUGUAGGAACAGAGGUGAACACAUGACUUAUAUGUGUCCGAUCCUCGAGGGGAAACCUUCUAAUUUUUCUUGUGACCCUUAUACUGGUUCUUGUUCUUUCAAUUGAAAUAAGAGAAUGGAGAGUUAAAGUUAUUUUAAACA